CCUGGCCUUAGGGAUUCCCCCGCGGGCGGGGCGAGUUGCAGGGGGAUCUUGCUGCAGCUGGAGCAGCGCUGCGGCGCAAGCGGCGCUAUUUAAAGGGCUCCGGGGGGUAGGUGAGCCCCGCUCAGCGCCCUGCAAGAUGCUACCAGUUACCAGCAACCGGGAGCCCCGCGCUCCCUUCAAGCAGCGGAAAUGCUUCGCUACCAGGAAACGCGAAGUGGCCGCGGUCCGCUCCAAGUUCCCCAGCAAACUCCCGGUGAUCCUGGAGCGGUACCCCAAGGAGAAGGUGCUGCCAGCAUUGGAUAGAACCAAGUUCCUGGUCCCUCAGGAGCUGACCAUGGGGCAGUUUGUGACCAUUAUCCGGAACAGGAUGGCCCUCAGCUCUACCCAGUCGUUCUACUUGCUGGUGGAUGGUAGCCGGAGCCUGGUCAGCAUGUCACUCACCAUGACUGAGGUGUACACACUAAACCGAGAUGAGGACGGGUUCCUCUACAUGACCUAUGCCUCCCAGGAGAUGUUUGGCUAAGGCCACUGGUUGCCUCGGACUCCUGCUCUUCUGAGAGGAGCCAUUCUUGACCAUUCUAAUGUUGCUGCUUGGUAAAUGGUGUCAUCCCACCCCCUCCGGUCAGAGUAGGAAUGAUAUUCCUAUCUGGCCAGUGGGGCAUCUACCCUGGUUUGCUGAGAUGCCAAGGAACCUGCCCAUUUCCUUCCUUCCCCAGGUGGGUGCCUGGGUAGACUUGCUUCAAAGGGAAAGAUCUGACUCCAGAGUGAGGGCCCCUUUAGCUCAGAGCAAGUGCUUUCACCCUGUGUCAUGCGGUGCCCAUGGGAUGGUCCUUUCUGUGUUGUGGGGAUAGUCACACCCACCAGUCUCUUGCACUGGUGCCAGUGUGAUUCCCCCUCCCCCCCCCCGUGAGACCAAUAGGACCCCAUUGCUUAAGGGGUGGUGGUGUAGGACACUGCUCAGUGCUGGCUCAGAGUUCCUGCUGCACCACCUGGGUCUGCUAAAGCCCAGCCUGUUCCCUCUGACCUUGGGAUAGAACUCGCAUGGUAGUAGCUUUUGGAAUAAGAGGAAGUAAACUUAUCUUCCAGCAACUUUCCUAGCCCCAAUGCUGACCCACCGGAGACCCUUCACCUCCCUGAACAGGGGUGAACCUCCUCCUCGAGGGCAGCCCUAGCUAUGGGGUAGACUGGUUCUCUUGUAAGGGAGGCUGAGUGGUGCAGGAGGGAAGGUAAUCCUGCACAUGGAAUAAGCACCGUCUGUCCUUUAGACUGCACAUGUGUUCUCUUUAGAAGCAUAUCCUGUAACCACUAGUUAACCGUUAAACAUGUUUCUGUAAAUGCUUGUCUGUGUGAAAUGGGACUGGCAAUCCAAUCCAGCAUGGCUAAACCACUGCAGUUGCUGAGAGUAAUGACUGCACUGAGAGCCACCCUGCCAGGUGCAAGCAGCUCAUGCCACCAGUCAGUAGAGAGGCCUGAGGGGAGUGCACUAGUUACAGCUGUAUUUAGAGCACAUGGUCCCUUGGGCCUGUUAUCUUGGUGCAAAUAACCUGUCCUGGAUGGGAGGUUCUGUGCUGUGGUAACCCUAUCCUGGACCCACAACUGCUUAGCAGGCCCCAGUCUGAGCAUUGUUUAGCUGGUGCGCUGU